AUGAAGAUAGGACUUGAAAGGUUGUCAAGUUUGAAGAAGUUGAAGGUACUAGACCUUAGUGGGAAUCACGAUAUCGAUAACGACAUCAUUCCAUCAUUGAAGACACUCACUUCACUCAAAAUCUUGGAUCUUAGCGACACUAGCUUGAAUGGAAACUUCCCUAUCAGUGAAUUUGCAGCUUUAAAGAACUUGGAGGUGUUGGAUCUAAGCUACUGUUACUUUAAUGGUACCUUUGAGAUUCAAGGUUUUGAGACGGGUUCCAUAUUGACGAAGUUAAAAAUUUUAAAUCUUGGGCACAACAGAUUUGAUGAAAGCGUCAUAACAUCUCUAAGUAUCCUUUCAUCACUUACAAACUUGGAUCUUAGCAACAAUCCAAUGUCAGGACCAUUUCCAGCUCAAGCUUGUAAGAGCUUAUCGAGAUUGAAAAGGUUGGAGAAUAUAAAUCUUUCCUAUCACAAUUUCAACAAGAGCAUCAUAUCAUGCCUAAGUACCCUUCCAUCUCUCAAGAUUCUUGAUCUUUCAUAUUCAACUUCAUUGGGAAGUUCUUUUCCUUUCCAAGAAUUUCAUGAUUUGCCUGAUUUGGAAGUCCUCCUCUUGAGAGAUAAUGAUUUCAGUGGAACACUACCAAUAGAGGCUUUUGCAUCUUUCCGCCAUCUGGAGGUCUUAGAUUUGAAUGGCAACAAUUUUGUUGGGAGCAUUCCAUCAGCAAUACAUGCAUUAUCUUCCCUAAGAGCUCUCUCACUCGCCAACAAUUAUCAUGGCUCAUUACCGGAUCAUGGUUUCAGUGAGUUGAAGAACCUCCAUGAACUGGAUCUUAGUCACAACAGGCUUCAUGGAACUCUGCCUCAAUGUGUGUUCUCGUUCAGCUCCUUCUCCAACCAUUCAAAGCUUGAGGUAAUUCUGUUUUCAAGCGACAGUGAGGAAUUUGUGGUCGAAACAGAAGAGCCUACAGAUUGGAUCCCAAUGUUCCAGUUGCAAAUUCUUGAGCUAUCUAAUUGCAAUAUGAACAUGCCUAAAGGACAAGUUGUACCUGGGUUUCUACUUCACCAGCACAAGUUACGGGAACUACACUUGCCUCACAAUUCCUUGGAGGGACACUUUCCAAGUUGGUUUUUUAAAAAUAAUACGAAUCUGGAUGUUCUUAACCUAAGGAACAACUCCUUUGGCAGUAUGCCGCUGUAUAGAAAUGCUAAUAUCUGGAAAUCACAUAAUAGGUAA